UUUGAUAAAUUCGUCUUCAUACACCUAGAAAGAACUCACUUCCCUUGUCUUCGUGUAGUUCUCUCUCCUACCCCCCUCUCCAUCCAUUAUGAUUCCAUCAUCCGGAAAAUCAGUCCUUGUAACAGGCGCUGCGGGCUUCCUCGGCUCAAAUAUGGUCGACUACCUGCUAGAACGGGGUGAGAUGGUGAUAGGGAUAGACAACUACCAGACCGGAUCUCCCUCGAACCUCCGCCAUCUCCAAGGCCAUCCGCUUUUCACAAUGAUUGACCAGAACAUUCAGAGCCCUCUACCUCACCUGCCGUCACUAAAGGGCAUCUACCAUUUAGCCUGCCCUGCCAGCCCGCCUCAAUACCAGAAAGACCCAGUUGACACCCUAGAUACCGCAUACCAGGAAACUCGAAAUCUGCUCACUCUAGCACAGCAGCAGGGGUGCCGCAUCCUCUUCUCUAGCACCUCCGAGGUUUACGGAUCACCAAAGGUGCACCCGCAGCCCGAAUCCUACUGGGGCCACGUCAACCCAUUCGGGCCACGAGCCUGCUAUGAUGAGGGAAAACCGCGGAAGCCUUGGCCUGGGCAUUUAAACAGCCGCCGCGAUGCGUGGAUGUGCGAAUCGCCCGCAUAGUCAAUACCUACGGGCCUCGUCUCGCAGCGGGAGACGGCAGGGUGGUGUCCAACUUUGUGGCUGCCGCCUUGUCCAACAGACCUUUCGUCAUCACCGGUGAUGGCUCCGCUACUCGCUCGUUCCAGUACGUUGAUGACUGUAUCCGUGGUCUUGUCGCUUUAAUGGAGAUGGAUGCUACCGCCGUUCCCGGGCCCGUCAAUGUCGGCAAUGAUGCAGAGGUCACGCUGACGGAGCUUGCGGGUGUGGUGUCUCGGGUUGUAAAUGAAGUUACUGGGUUGCAUGGACCGCCAAGCAUUGAGUAUCAGACGCGACCAAUUGAUGAUCCCCCCAGGAGACGGCCGGACCUGAGUCUUGCUAAGCGCACGCUGGGAUGGGCUCCUGUUAUCUCGUUGGAGGAAGGGCUGCGAAAGACAGUGCGGUGGUGGUUGGCUGAA